UGCAGAAUAUUUUGAAAACCAAUUGCAUCGAAGAAAAAUGGAGGGAAACCGAGGAAGCUUGGAGAGAAUUGAAGUUCUGAGGAAAAUCACAGAGCUAACUAGAUCUAUGAUCGUCGAACUGAGCAAUGGAAGCUCCAAGAUGAUCGCCAUCGAUCGGUUCAAAAGUUACUGCACCAAUUCCCUUGAAAACUGUUGUUGUAGGUUCAAUUUAUCUGAAGGGAAGGAUGUUCUAACACUUCAAAGGGAAAGCCAUGUCCGUAGACUAGAUGUCUUGCUUAGAGUUCUACUCAUAAUUCAGCAGCUUCUGCGAGAAAAUAGACAUAGCUCAAAGAGAGAUAUGUAUUAUAUGCAUCCCUCUAUAUUUACAGAUCAGUCAGUUGUUGACCGGGCAAUCAACGACAUCUGCAUUCUUUUGCAAUGUAGCCGACAUAAUUUGAAUGUGGUUUCUGUUGGUAAUGGGUUGGUGAUGGGUUGGUUGAGGUUCUCAGAAGCUGGCAGAAGAUUUGAUUGCUUGAAGAAGCCUAACAGUGCCCAAUUUAUUCCUGUUCAAGUUGAAGAAGUUACAGAUAUUGCUACUGCUGCAGACUACAUUCUCGUUGUAGAGAAAGAAUCAGUGUUUCAGCGUUUAGCAAAUGACCGGUUCUGCAGCAGAAACCGGUGCAUUGUAAUCACGGGACGUGGAUAUCCAGAUGUUCCCACUAGAAGGUUUUUGCGGCUUCUCGUUGAUGUUUUGGCAUUGCCUGCAUUUUGUUUGGUAGAUUGUGAUCCAUAUGGUUUUGACAUUCUGACUACAUAUCGUUUCGGUUCUAUGCAAAUGGCCUACGAUGCAAAGAAUCUCAGAAUCCCACAACUACAAUGGAUUGGAGCUUUUGCUUCAGAUUCUGAGAAAUACGAUCUACCAGAACAAUGUCUCAUCCCAUUGACAUCCAAGGACAAGAGAAGAACUGAAGCCUUGUUACAAAGAUGCUACUUGCGGAGAGAGGUACCACAUUGGAGGUUGGAAUUGGACUCCAUGCUUCAAAGAGGGGUGAAAUUUGAGAUUGAAGCACUGUCUGUGCACAAUAUUUCAUUUUUGUCAGACCAUUAUUUACCAUCCAAAAUAGAAAGUGAACUAACAACCGGUAAACUCAUAGGUGAUUAUCAAUCCAUACACUCUACCAACAUGGGGUUGGUUUGGAAUGGUAAUGGAAUGAGUUAGUAAUGUAACAUAAUUAAAAACUCAUAUUUGGAUCGAACGUUUUAGCCCAAUUUAUAAUACUAAUUUGUUUCUACA